AUGUCGAUAUCCCUGUCAGUGUUAUCCUGGAUUAGUUACACGGCCCUUGCAGGCGGGCUUUACCUGCUGGGUCUAGUCAUCCAUCGGCUUUAUCUAAGUCCACUGCGACAUUUCCCCGGUCCCAAAUUGGCGGCCGCGACGCAAUGGUACGUGACAUACUAUGAGAUGUGGUAUCGUGGAGGGGGCAUGUUUACCAGGCACAUUAAGGAGCUGCAUGCCAAAUAUGGCCCCAUUGUGCGGAUAAACCCUUGGGAACUCCAUAUUGACGACCCGGAGUUUUAUGAGACCAUUUAUCCCCCGUCCGCCUCAUUCGAUAAGUUAUCUGUGUUUGAAAAUCGGUUCGGCAUCCCAACGGCAGCCUUCUCGACGGCAGCCCACGCGGUGCACAAGAAACGUCGAGCGGCCUUAAGCCUGUUCUUCACCAAAAGUCGAAUUCAAGCGCGUUCCCCUUCCUACAGCAGCUCAUUGACAAGAUCUCUGGCUUAUGGCGAUGAACCCAGUUUCAUCAACACACCAACAUGGCAGACACCUUUCGUGUGCGCCAUGGAUGCUCUGGUGAAGUCUAUCCACUUGAACUGUCAGUUUCCUUUUAUGGUUCCGCUAGCAAAUGCGAUUCCGGAAUGGAUACUGUUGAAAACACCUUCUUUUGGGCCAGUUGUGCAAUUUCGCCGGUCGCUCGAUGAGCGGAUUAGACGUCUUUUCGACCCAGAAGAAAAGAGACAGGCAGCUGAAGAGCCCAGUUAUAAGAAUGCGACAGUAUUUGAGGUGCUGCUCGCUUCUUCUCUACCUCCGGAGGAGCUCACCCAAACGCGCCUGCAACACGAAGCCGUGAGUAUAGUCGGAGCAGGAUUUGAUACAACACGUGAGAUGCUGGCAACAAUCGCAUACCAUGUUCUGGCCAACCCGGAAACCUAUCGUAAGCUACGCGACGAGCUGCAUACCGCCAUACCCGACCCAUCACAGAUUCUUACCUGGGCCGAGCUACAACAACUGCCCUAUCUUUCUGCUUGGAUCGAAGAGGGGCUACGUAUUGGAUUCGGUACCGUGCAACGAAGUCCUCGGAUUUCUCCCACGCCGUUCAUCUACGGCAAGUAUACCAUCCCGCCUGGUACCCCUAUCUCGGAAGAUACAUACCACAUGCACACCAACGAGCAUGUUUUUCCAGAUCCGAAAACUUAUCGUCCAGAGCGGUGGCUGGGAAAUCUACGGGGCUCGGAUGGUGUUAAGCAGCUCAGCAGAUAUAACGUCGCAUUUGGGCGUGGGGGGAGGAUGUGUUUGGGGAUGCAAUUGGCUUAUGCAGCGAUGUAUAUGAUGAUUACGACUUUGAUUCGUCGAUUUGAUUUUGAGUUGUUCGAGACGACUUGCGAGGAUGUGGAAUUUUAUUACGAUUGGCUGGUUCCCCAUGCCCAGCUGAAUAGUAAGGGGGUGCCGGUGCUUGUUGAAAUGGCAUCGUAG